CGCAUUAGACACUGUUUUGGAUUUUCUCUUGUUGAAUCAUACAGUCGAAUAUUUAUGAAGAAUUUCUUUGAUAGUGAUAUUCUCAGCAAAUUGUUAAAAAUCACUGCAAAAAACCUUUUUUUUUGGAUUAAAAUAAUAUCCUUUCCAUCUUCAAACCGUAUAUUUCAUUCUCAACCCCAUGGAUCAUACAGAUUUUAAUUAAUUUCCAUAUUUCAAAAACCAAAUUUGAAUAUUUUAAAAUUUUAUACCUUUUUUUAAUCUCUAUUUAUAAAUAGAUUUCUACUUUCUUUCUCUAGCCAUGAUGGUCUGUUCUAAAUUUUAUUUUUUCUUAUCACCGGAGCUCUGGAAAGGCGUAAAUACAUAGAACCAAAUCAAGAAGAAUAGAAAAAAAAAAAAAUCUUGAGGGUAUGUCUCAUCAAGAAGAAAUUAAGCAGCGUUAGUCUUUGAUUGAAGAUGUGGAGGAUGAGUCAAUCAAGGAGACAUUUAAGAAUAUGCACCAAGGUAAUCCAACUGAAACACUGGUGCGGUUUCUCAAAGCUAGGGACUGGAAUGUCUCAAAAGCCCAUAAAAUGUUGAUUGAUUGUUUGGGUUGGAGGAUAACUAAUGACAUUGACAGUAUAUUCGCGAGACCAAUCGUCCCUGUUGAAUUGUAUGGAGUGGUGCGAGAUUCUCAGCUUAUGGGUCUAUCAGGUUUCUCAAAAGAGGGUCUUCCUGUAAUUGCAGUUGGCGUUGGGUUAAGCUCAUUUGACAAAGCAUCUGCAAAUUAUUAUCUGCAAUCACACAUUCAAAUGAAUGAGUAUAGGGAUCGUGUAGUACUGCCUGCUGCAUCAAAAAAGUACGGACGGUACAUUAGCACCUCUCUGAAGAUUUUGGAUAUGACUGGAUUAAAGCUUUCAGCACUGAACCAAAUAAAGCUAAUGACUGCAAUGUCAACAGUAGACGACUUGAAUUAUCCAGAGAAGACUGAAAAAUACUAUAUUGUCAAUGCCUCAUAUAUAUUUUCAGCAUGUUGGAAGGUCAUAAAACCGCUUGUGCAAGAAAGGGCAAAGAAGAAAAUUCAGGUUCUGCAAGGUAAUGGAAGAGACGAGUUGUUGAAGAUAAUAGAUUAUGACUCCCUCCCACACUUUUGUCGAAAAGAAGGUUCUAGCCCAUCCCAAAAUGGAACUAUCGAAAAUUGUUUCUCUUUGGACCACGCGUUCCAUCAAAUGCUCUACAAUUACAUAAAACAGCAAGCUGUGCUUAUGGAAUCUGUUUCACCAGUCAGAUAUGGCCCGGUUCAUGUAGAUGUCCCUGAGCUAGACCCUGAAGAUGCCAAGAUCGCAGAGACCAUCGAGUCUGAAUUUCACAGGCUUGGCAAGAACGGACUCAUUAAGACACUGAGCGGCCUCAAAUUUGAUGGGUAAUUACAGUCUAGGGAAUACUAAUUACACAUUUGUAGCCGGCAUAUUGUCUUCAAUACCCAACACUCGAUGGCCUGUCAUGUAUUCAUGCUACCGGGGUUGUCCUUCCGCCAUUAAAAUGCCACGGCAUUUGCUUGCACUAACUUGAUGCAAGGGAUGCAACAACUAAUUUGUUGUAGCUUAACACUGACCACUUUUGUGUGGAUUUAUCAUCUUCUACUGAUACAAGAGUAAGGUCUUGGGAUUUUUAAAUGCUAGAGUCCUCUGCAACACAAUCUAAUCUUCCAUGAUAAGUGCCAUUGCAGCAGGCACUGCCUGGAUAGCCUGAGAAUGCCUGCAAGAAAUUGAGCACCCUGUAUAAAGUAUUAGUACAGAUACAAACCUUUUGUAUGAACUUUUGAAAUUGAAAUAAUGAUUAUAAUCUUUUCAGUA